CAGCAGAUCAAUUUGCCGAGCUCAUAAUCUGCUUCCGAACCACCACCAUGAACAACAUGCGGAUGCUUGCAGAAGAGGAGGAGAACGACGAUGGAACUGAGGUUACUUGGGAGGAUCAGCAACGCAUCAACACGUUCUCCAAACUAAAUACUCGUCUCAGGAGUAUAGAGGAACGACUCGAGGAACUCAAGCAAGAGAAGGAAGCAUUGGAUGACCUGUCUACAGAGCUCGAGCUUACCGACGAGGACGAAAGUGUGCUAUACAAGAUCGGCGAAUCUUUCCUUCACCUGCCCCAACCCCGCGCGAUGAAACGACUUGAAAAGGACCAGGCGGCUAUAUCUGCACAAGUCUUAGACUUAUCAGCUGGCGCGGAACAAUGCGAAAAGGAGAUGAAGGAACUAAAAGUUACGUUGUACGCCAGGUUUGGCCGCGCAAUCAACCUCGAUGAAUAAUCAGUAUCAGCGUCAGUUACAUUUGUAUUUGAUGAGCUACAAUCGCGGCAUCUUCGACAUAUCAUGGUGUAUGUCACGAUUUUCCAGCCGUCAACAAAGAAGGCG